CACAAGUGGCACCACGACCUAUUUUAACCUUCGAGGAGCUGCAGAAUGCCAACAACCCAAGCCCAAGAAUCCCAGUUGUGAAGCUAAAUGUCGAUAAAAUAUCGGAUACUUUAGCGGCGCGGCUGGCUACAAGUUUACUGGCAAUGGUUCUGUUCUUGAAGAACCAGACACCACUCCCUGUGCAGCAGCUGUGUCGAAUGUCUGGCAAGAAUACGAACACAAAGGCCGCGAAGCAACGAACUGAACUUCUGAAUGCUUUCGACACGCUGUCAUCGCAUCUGACGACGACGUUUACCGCACUGUCAACUGCUCUAGCACGGUCAAGCAGUAAGGAGAAUAAGGACGCAAGCCCAGUGGAUCACCGUGCAUAUGUCGCCAUCUUGUUGGGCCCUAGUCUGGGAACAGCAAAGUCAAAGGUCUUCCUCGGUGUGGAUCAGUUCGAUGCGCGUAUCUGGGGUAUGCAGGAGGAACAAACGGGUGGCAACGAUGAUGAGGACGAAGACACUGAUGAAGACGACGAGAGCGGCUCUGAGGCUGAGAGUGGCGACGAAGAAGCAACGAGCGAUGAAGAGGGCCCCAGCGACAGUGAAAGCGAAGGAAGUGAAGGCGAGAGUGAUGGUGAGAGCGAUGAUGAAGAUGGCAGUGACAACGACGGUGGAAGCUCCCACACAUCCGAAACUGAAGAGGCGACAUCGAAGGAGAAUGGGAAGAUUCUCGCGAUUGAAGUCCCUCGAGGCCCCAGGAUAGUAGCCCCACCGACCGUGUCAUUUGCAGAAGAACAACGCUUCCUUCAAAACGCGGAACGCCUGCUCUCGCGAACGCUUGCAGCAGCGGAUGCCAGUGGCUAUGGACUUGCCUCGGAAAUGCGGACUUCUCACAUCCCGCCUGGAUUCCUCGCCAGAACGUAA